AUGGCAGAUUCGGCACCGCUUCUUUCUCACCAUGAUCAAUCGGUAGAAUUGAGGCAGCCUCGAUCCCUUGACGAGACGAUUGAACGGUGCAUCGGAGACUUCGGGUGGUCUCAAUUCUUGCAAGCCGCCCUUGUAUCAUUUGCUUGGGUCUUCGAUGCACAGCAAACUUUCAUUAGUGUAUUUACUGAUGCCGAACCAUCGUGGCACUGCACUCAAGUGGAACACCAAUCAUCGGCUUGUAACUCACUCUCCAACAUUUGCCAACUCUCCAAGAAUUCAUGGUCUUGGGAUUGGCCUGCACACACAUCAAUCAUAUCUGAAUGGGGCCUUGAAUGUUCUACUUCUUUCAUCACAGGGCUACCUGCCUCCUCUUUCUUCAUGGGGUGCCUAGCAGGUGGACUUGCGCUAGCCACGCUCGCUGACUCAACUCUUGGCCGCAAAAAUAUGCUCCUUCUCUCAUGCCUAAUGAUGUCUUUAUCUUCCCUCUUGACUGUUUUCUCAUCAAAUAUAUGGAUGUAUUCAGCCUUGAGGUUAAUCAACGGGUUUGGCCGAGCAACGAUUGGGACUUGUGCUCUUGUGUUAUCAACAGAGCUAGUGGGAAAACGGUGGCGAGGCCAGGUUGGUGUUAUUGGUUUCUUUUGUUUCACCUUAGGCUUUUUAUCAUUGCCAAUAAUAGCAUAUAUAAAUAGAGGUUCUUCAUGGAGAACUCUUUAUCUAUGGAUUUCGGUGCCGACCAUCUUCUAUUGUAUACUAGUUCGUUUCUUAGUUCAUGAGUCUCCUAGGUGGCUUUUUGUCCGCGGACGCAAAGAGGAAGCAGUUUCAACACUUAAAAGCAUGGCGCAGGCUAACCAGAGUAUCUUAACAAUGAGUUUCUCCAAUGUCCCAAUCGAGCCAGAAUCAUGGAAUGUUGAUCUUUACUCCACAGUCAAGAUACUAUUGAACAAGAGAUGGGCUUUUCGAAGGUUAGCGGCGGUUAUGAUAGCAGGUUUUGGUAUUGGGAUUGUGUACUAUGGCAUGCCAUUAGGCCUUGGAAAUCUAUCAUUCAAUAUCUACCUGAGUGUCACGUUCAAUGCCUUAUCCGAGCUCCCAUCAUCAUUGAUUACAUUCUUCCUCAUGGGAAAAUUAAACCGGAGAGGCUCAUUGUUGGGUUUCACAGUCUUAAGUGGGAUAUGCAGCGUAUUGUGUGUGGUGAUUGGGCAAGUGUGGCCAGGUUUACAGAUUGGGCUAGAACUGGUGUCCUUCUUCAGCGCGUGCACGGCGUUCAACGUGGAACUGAUAUACACAUUAGAGCUGUUUCCCACAUGCGUGAGGAACUCGGCAAUCUCAAUAGUGAGGCAGGCGCUUGUAUUUGGGGGAGUGUUCAGCCCAGUGCUGGUUGCUGCAGGGAGGAAAAAUGGGUUCCUAUCAUACGGGGUAUUUGGGUUGGCGAUAGGGUUUUGUGCACUGCCUGUGCUUGGUUUGCCAGAGACAAGGGGUGCCACAAUGUGUGAUACAAUGGAUGAAGAAGAGCAGAAAGAGUUAGAGAAGGCGGCUUCUGACGCCCACGGUGUUGCUGCUGCUAUGUUGGCUUAAGCUGCCAUUGUCUAGCUGUAGCAAGCAAGUGGAACAUAUUUUUGCUUCAAUAUAUUUUCUCAACAUGCCUUUGACUACUGUUCUCUUAUACUAUAUGAAUCAGGC